AUGGUCAGUGUAAACUACGAUCCAGUUAGUACUGGAGGUAAGCCUCACGAGAUUCAUUUGAACCGGAUUUUGUUGUUUGGUGACUCGAUUACCCAACAAAGUAGUACUCAGGCAUACGGAUUUGCCAUUGCACCAGCCCUUCAGGAUCUGUACAUCCGGAAAUUCGAUGUCAUUACCAGAGGAUUUGGUGGCUAUACCUCAGCUCAUGGUCGAUAUAUGAUUGACCCGAUUCUCCAAUCGGAACAUAAACCCAGUGAUAAGGCAGCUGUCGAGCUGUUAGUGAUCUUCUGGGGAUCCAAUGACUCGGUAGUCGAUGGCCAUAUUCAGAAUGUGCCAUUACAAGACUAUAUUGAGAACCAGAAGUAUAUUGUUCGGGCCGCUCAAGCCAAGGGCAUCAAGAAGAUCAUCCUCGUGGCACCUGCUGCAUAUGACGAGCGUCUUGGAGGACCAGAUAGAAAGACCUCUCGAUUCCGUGAGUACGGUCAAGCUCUGAAAAAGGUUGCUGCCGAGUUUGAUUUGGGGUUUGUUGACCUUUGGACUGAAUUCCUGACUUCUGUCGGCUGGAAAGAAGGAGAUCCCAUCCCCGGCGAGACUGGCAGCGGUUCUGACAUCGAUCUCUCUCACCUGCUCCACGAUGGACUCCACUUCACCGGUGCAGGAUACGAAAUCUGGUACAAUGCCCUACCUGUUUUUAUUGUAUUGGCGAGCUGUCUUUAUUUAUCUGGUACUGGUAACAGAAUUUGGAGGUUUUGGAUAUAA